CCUGCUGGUGUCUUCACAAGUACACUGUAAGCACGUGAUUCGUAUAGGAGACGUUGAUGACGGGGGAUGGGAUGUUUGUAACGACACAGAAUACAGACCUUCCUCACCUUGUCUCGUUUACUCUUUCGGAGUGGCCGGGGACUGGUCGUUUGAUGAUGAAGUGUCCAAGAUUUAUGGUUGUGAAGUUCAUUCUUUUGAUCCAAGUAUAGGAAAGCCAGAUCAUAAGCGAUCGGACAAAAUAACAUUUCAUAAUCUUGGAUUGUGGGGCAGGCCUAAAGGAAAGAAAGGAAACUGGAACAUGAUGAAUCUCAAAGGGAUUAUAGAGAUGCUUGGACAUUCUGGGAAAAUUAUCGAUAUCCUCAAAAUGGAUAUCGAAUCCUCAGAGUGGGAAGCUCUUCCGGACAUGCUAGCGACCGGAGUGUUGAAGAACGUCAGACAGCUGGAUUUCGAGUUUCAUGGAGAGCCCAAUCCGAAUGAAAGCCAUCGUUCAAAAUUGAACGCAUUACGUAAUCUAAAUGAUCAGGGUUUCAAAUUGUUCUGGUCCCACCCUAACAUAGCGGGAGGUAAUCCCAAAACAUUCAGCGUAACAGGGCGACAAGUUAGCAGCUGUUAUGAAAACUACUAUCUUAAUACUAGACUUAAAAAAGAGUAAGAAUUUGACAUCGACGUGAACAAUGUUUCUGGACAAGUUCACUGCUUUCUAUGUCGGCAUUUCGGCAUAUGGUCAUAAUUAAGAGGUUGGUUUACGAAAACAGGAAUUUUUGGUUGUGAUUUAUAAUAAAAAGUGACUUUCAGACAGAAUUACACUACAGAAUGAUGACAAUUGGUUUUAAGUUUUCAUGACACCAACCAACUAGCAUAAUAAUUUUUAAAUUUUUUUUAAAAGAUGUUUCUUGAUAAUUUUGUCAGUUAACCGUUCAUCACACCACAAUCACCACGUGUAUUAUACAUAUAUUAUCACCAAAGACGUUAUAUGGGACAAAAGUAAAAUAUAUUA